AUGUCGGACGAACAAGCAGUUCCGCCUUUCUCGCUCGACAAGUCUCGACACGACACGUCGACAUAUGUGGGUCGAUGGCGCACCUUUGCAGCGCUCGUGUCACCAAAAUGGCUCUUUCUGAGCUCGGAGCAAGUUCAGCACGCAAAGCAGACGCUGGCGGACUUUCGCAGCGGUGUGCUCGCCCCUGGAGCCAUCAACGACGCAGAGCUCUGGAAUAUCCGUCAAGCAUACGAAGCGGCCGUGCACCCGCAGACAGGCGAGACAGUGCCUGCAGUGUUCCGCCUAUCGGCGUUUGUGCCCGUGAAUAUUCCCAUUUGCGUUGGUAUGCUGCUUGCCCCACCUACGUUGGCAAACACGAUCUUCUGGCAGUGGAUCAACCAGAGCUACGGUGCUGGCUUCAACUAUGCGAAUCGCAACGCUAGCAGCGAGCAGGACAACUCGACGAUUUUGAAGUCGUACGCAACCGCCACGCUCGUGUCUUGUACGACAGCCGUUGGUCUGGGUAAGAUGGUGGAGAACGCCAAGCGACUAUCUCCAAGCACGCGCUCAUUUCUGGGAAAGAUGGUGCCAUUUGUCGCUGUUGCUAGCGCGGGAGCGUUCAACGCAGUGUCGAUGCGCUUCAACGAGUUCCAGGAGGGCAUUGACAUCAUGGACGAGCACGGAGACGUCCAUGGACGCUCUGUUGCUGCUGGUCGUCUCUCGCUUGGUCAGGUGGCGCUUACACGGAUUGCACUUCCGAUGCCCAUUUUGCUGCUACCGCCAUACCUCUACGAGGUCAUGAAGAAGACUAACGUCAUGCCCAAGGGCAAGUACCCGAAACUCGCCGCCGAACUUGUCGUGUUGACGCUGUGCUUAUGGGGCGCCGUGCCGAGCGCUGUCGCUCUAUUCCCACAAGUCGGAACCAUUUCGGCAGACAGUGUCGAGAGUGAGUUCCAGUCCCGGGUGGACCGACACGGCCAGCCGAUUCGCCACUACAUUUACAACAAAGGAAUUUGA